AUGGAGAGGAUACAGGAACUCCUCCUGACCCUGCAACCUGGGGCAGGUGGCGCGGUGGCUGACAUCCGGCCUGACCCUUCCCUGGGGGAUGUGCCGGGGACGGACGAUGUCCUGUCGCUGGCGGCAUCAGCCAACCUCUUCAGUGAGGGUGUCACGGGGGAGGGAGCCUCAAACGCUUUUGGGGAGGCCUCCCGCUCCUCUGCUCAGAGCUCUGGGCACAGCACAGAGGGUAACCCCAUCGGGUCCGUCAUCCGUACGGCCCUGGCUCGCCUGGGGCUCGAUGCUCCUCAGGCAGACUUGGCCCAGCCUAGCGCCUUUUUCAGGCGCAGCCCUGCCACAGCCCCUUUCUCUGUCCCUCCUUCGGAGGAGUAUUUAAAGGAGCUACACCUCUGCUGGAAGGACGCCAAGGCUCUCCCCCGUCCUUCUUCCAGUGCUCGGGCCUUGGCUGCCAUGCGGGAUCCAGCGCAGUAUGGUUUGGGUUGCAUGCCACCCGUUGAGCCCGCCAUUGCCUCCCUCAUUCUAACCCCCGAUCAGGCCUUGCGGCCGGAUGCCAGGUGUCCUCGGCCCCAGUGCAGGGUCACAGACGACCUGCUUUCGAAGGCCUAUGACGCAGCAGCACGUAUGGGGCGGAUUGGCAACUCCCUCUCCCACCUAAUGCUGGCGCUCUCGACCUCGCUGCAACAAGCUGCAGUUGAGCCGUCUACACAGGACCUGAGCGACGCGUCCCUACAGGCCUUUGCCCUCAUGUCCAGGGAAUUGGGGCGUGUUAUGUCCACCCUGGUCCAGACUCGCUGCCAGGUUUGGUUGGCUCAGUCGCCCCUGACGGAGGCGUGCAGGAAGGCCCUUAGAGCCGUGCCAGUGGUACCGGGGGAGCUGUUUGGGUCAGCUGCCCUGGAGACGCUGGAGCGAGCUGCCCAAGCUAGGCAAACCAACCUGCAGCUGUCGGGUCUUCACAGGAGUGUCUCCGCUCCUGGCAGGCCUAGAGCCCCCCCGGCUGCCCCCCGGGGCCGCUACCAGCCACCACGCUCUUACCCAGCAAGAGAUGAGGGCCUACGCAGGUCUCGGCGGUCCGCCCAGCAGCCCGCUGAUAGCUUUCGCGCCCAUCGCCCGGGCAGCCUCGGGCCGCGGAGCCUCACCGGUACCCCUCCAGAGCCGACAGAGGCCGGGGGGCCAGGCGCUAGGACCACGGGGCCGGUCGUCGGCUGUUUUUCCCAGCAGCAGAUCAGCUAUUGGGCUGCCUGUACUAUAGACCCCUGGGUGUUUUCCACCUUAACCCGGGGGUACGAAUUACAGUUCCGACGCCGGCCCCAGGCCUUCGGCCGGGUCAGGAUGACAGUCGUCCGCGACCCGACGAAGGCCGCAGCUCUGGCCCAGGAGCUAUCCGCCCUCCUGGCCAAGGGUGCGAUCGAGCCAGUGGACCCUCAGAUACAACCCGGGGGGUUCUACUCGGCGUACUUUCUGGUCACCAAGAAAGACGGCGGAUUCAGGCCCAUUCUAGACCUAAGGGGCCUGAACACGUUUUUAAAAAUUUUACCAUUUCACAUGCUCACCUCGGCGGACACCCUGAGGGUAGUUGCCAGGGGGGAGUGGUUCACGACUAUAGACCUAAAGGACGCCUAUUUUCAUGUGCCGGUUGUGGCACACCACAGGCGGUUCCUGAGGUUUGCCUAUCGGGUCAGGCAUUACCAAUUCAGGGUACUUCCCUUCGGGCUUUCCCUCUCCCCGAGGGUUUUCACCAGGGUUGUGGCGGCAGCCCUCGCACCCCUGCAGACGCAGGGCAUGAAGAUCCUGCCGUAUCUGGACGACUGGCUGGUCUGUGCGCCCUCCAGGUCCCAGGUGGCCCAGGACACGGCCCGCCUGCUGUCGCACGUCGCCCGGCUGGGCUUGACGGUGAAUCAAACAAAGAGUUGCCUGGACCCUUCCCAACGGGUUACCUAUCUGGGGUUGGUCCUGGACUCGGUCGCCAUGAAGGCCUACCUUUCAUCUCGACGGGUGAACGACAUCCUCCGCCUCCUUCCCCUCUUCAGAGCCGGCAGGAGGCUGCUUUUUAUUAAUUUUCUUCAGCUUCUGGGCAAGCUGGCAGCUGCUUCAGCUGUGGUGCCUCUGGGCUUACUGUCCCUGCGGCCACUCCAAAUGUGGCUGAACAGCCUGCACCUAGAUGCCAAGUGGCACAGGCAGAGGAGGGUCAAGGUGACCCUGCAGUGUCUUGUCUCUCUGGCCCCAUGGAGGAAGAGAGCGUAUCUGGAGGCAGGCGUGCCCAUGGGCGCAAUCCCGGCACGCCGGGAGUUGGUGACAACCGACGCCUGCCUCUCGGGAUGGGGCGCAGUGUGGCAGGGCAGGACUGCGCAGGGACGGUGGUCUGGCCGGGACGUGGCACAACACAUCAAUGUGCUGGAACUCCGGGCUGUGCAGCUGGCUUUAGCCAGCUUUCUGCCCCAUUUGACAGGCCGGCAUGUCCUGGUCCGGUCGGACAACAUGGCCACGGUUUCGCAGGUGAACCACCAGGGGGGCACCAGGUCAGCACGGCUACUCCGGGUAUCCCAGAGCCUGUGGACUUGGGCUUAUCCCCGUCUGGCCAGCCUACGGGCAGUCUAUUUGCCGGGGGCCCAGAAUCGGGCGGCAGACUUUCUCUCCCGACGGAAGCCUCCACCGGGGGAAUGGCGGCUUCACCCCGAGGUGGUGGAGUCAAUGUGGGGCCUCUUCGGCAGGGCAGAGGUGGACCUCUUUGCCUCGGAGGAGUCGGCGCAUCGCCCCCUCUGGUUCUCCUGGGCAGAAGCGUCCAGCCCUUUAGGGCAGGACGCGCUGGCGCACGAUUGGCCGGACAGGCCUCUUUAUGCCUACCCACCAUGGCCUCUGGUUCUGCCGACACUCCAGAGGGUCUUUUUGCAGGGCCACCGGCUCCUUCUGGUGGCCCCCUUUUGGCCGGGGAGGCUCUGGUAUCCACUGCUGCUCAGGCUCUGCUGCAGCUCGCCAUGGCGCCUCCCCGACAGGAGGGAUCUCCUGUCCCAGCUGGGGGGUCAGAUCUGGCAUCCCGACCCCUCUCGCCUACAGCUCUGGGCUUGGCCACUGCAGGGCCCGACCCACUGCUGAGGGAGUGCACUGCGGCUGUCAGGGGUACGGUCAUGAGUGCCAGGGCACCAUCGACCAGGUUGCAGUACGGAAACAGGUGGAAGCUGUUCUCCAACUGGUGUGCGGCUAGGGCCGUGGCUCCAGUGCAUUGCGC